GCAAGAUGGCAGCGUCCUUGACAGGCAUGUUUUGAUUUCAGUGGAGUGUUAAACAUGUUCGGCAGUUGCACAUAUUACGGGCUGCACGGCUGACAGCGGGAGCGGAACAUGGAGAGACGAGAGUUCAUCGCGUCCCUGGUGGCAGGAGGCUGCGCGGGAAUGUGUGUGGAUCUGACCCUCUUCCCCCUGGACACCAUUAAGACCAGACUGCAGAGUCAGCAAGGCUUCUACAAGGCAGGGGGCUUCAGGGGCAUCUACGCUGGGGUCCCAUCUGCUGCUGUCGGCUCCUUUCCCAAUGCUGCUGCUUUCUUUGUCACCUACGAAUGCACAAAGUCCCUGCUUGGCGCUGGCGGAGCGCUAACAGCACCACACGUGGCACCUGUCACUCACAUGCUGGCCGCCUCCCUGGGUGAAAUAGUGGCGUGUCUCAUCCGAGUCCCCACAGAGGUGGUCAAACAAAGGACUCAGGCUUCUCCCUCAUCCACCACGUACCACAUGCUGCUGGCUACACUCAGAGAAGAGGGUGUUCGAGGCCUGUACAGAGGAUUUGGGAGUACAGUUCUCAGAGAGAUCCCGUUCUCACUGGUGCAGUUUCCACUUUGGGAAUAUUUAAAGACUCUGUGGUCGUGGAGGCAAGGUCACACGCUCGACUCUUGGCAGGCUGCAGUGUGCGGAGCUUUUGCAGGUGCGGUAGCAGCAUUUGUUACCACUCCUCUUGACGUGGUGAAGACCAGGAUCAUGCUCGCGAAGGCCGGGUCGACUACAGCGAGCGGCAACAUCCCAGUGGUGCUCUAUGACGUGUGGAAGAGCCGAGGCAUUACGGGUCUGUUUGCGGGCAGCAUACCCAGGAUGACCUUCAUCAGCAUCGGCGGCUUCAUCUUCCUGGGAGCCUACGAGAAGGUCCGCCGAACUUUACUGUAGCAGCACGGCCUCUCUGACUUGUCCUGAGGCCCCGACCUGGCGGAGGAACCGCAGGGAAAGCAUCUUCUACUUCUCUGAAAGUAGCACCCUCGCUUCCCUGGAGAGGCCCCUGGGCGUCCAUGUUGCUGGCCCCCCCCCCCCGAGCACCAGGUGUGGUGCUGCUCGGGGGAGAGUUGUCCACGAGCCCGAUCACAUUACCCAGCAUUUCUGCUCAUCAGUGCCCUGCAGAUUGAGUUCAGGAGCCUCAGUCCCACUUGUUUAACAGCAGCAGUGGUUUAAUGAAACAAAGCCAGACCCUGUCACACAGGACAGGCAAUGAAGCCUCUUUUAUUAUCGAAUGCGUGUGUGAAUGAGUUAUGCUUUUAAAGAUGCUUUUUCUACUCCGAGUGGUGAGUCUUUCAGGUCCCUGUGGGCUGCCCAUUGUGCUUUCUAAAGCCUUUUCUGCAUCAUUUCAUGAUUAUUUUAGUGUUUUAUCCAUAUUUUCUUCUCUCUAUUAAGCCAAACCACCUGUGUUAAAGACCCACCAGAGAGACGCAGUAAUACCUCACCAUUGUUACCUUCCCUCUGGAGCACAACUGAGCACAUCCAUCUGCAACAGCUUUAAAUUUAUACUUAAGAUGCUGCCAACAAUAGACCACUUUGUUAAAUUAACAAGGCUUUCGUUUUAUUAGGAGCCCCAGGUGUCCUGCACGAGCCUUUGUAUUAGUAGUUUGGGAAAUAUUUAUUUGUUUAUUGUGAAAUACUGUUAGUAGCUGAGUGGAAAUGAUUAUCUGGUAUUAUACUUAUGAUGUUUUUUUUUGGUUUUUUUAUUAAGGAACAAUUCCUUAUGAAAAUGUAUCUGAUCCAAGCUUUGGAUCAGAUAAACCUUUUAUUUUUUCAUAUAUAUGUAGUUCCUUUCCUUGAAGGCACCAUUAGAUGAAUGAGGGAACAUACAAUAAUUCCUCCAUCCAGAUCACAAAGAUACUCACAGUAAGGAGUGAAAACAUACUGUUAUUGUUUUUUCCACUUAAUAAGUUCAAGACAUAGUUUGACAUUUUGGAAAAUGCUUUUAUUCGCUGUCUUGCUGAGUUAAAUGAGAAGAUCGAUGAAGCUACUGCUUCACUGAGAUUACAAAGAAACUCACUAUCCCACUUACUCUUUAUGGUAUCCAGCCAGUCACAGUUCUUAUUGUGUUUGCUAAGGUUGUAGGACUGAAACCAAAUCUGUCUGCAUGACUUCAUCACCUUUGGGUAAGUGGGGAAACUUUGGUUUUGUUCCUGAUGCGUGUUAAUUGACCAUUUAACUAUCAGUAAGUUAUGAAGAUGCAACGUGAAGUACAGAUGUUAAUUCCAGCUGGCCUCAGACAGGAAAUGAUGUGAUUCUGCCGGGAAAGAUGGUGAUUAAUAAUUACAUAACUGUAAUGAAAUGAAAUUAAAUGAAUUAUGAUGCAGCUAAUGAGUUAAACGUGUAAAAAGAAGCCUUCUUCUGAACCGGCCAACUGUGUAAGUGUUGAUGGUCUCCACUUUCCACCAAAAUAAGAGUCAUUCAAGAAAACUUAUUACAAGAUUAACAAAUUACUCCUCUACGUCAGAUUGAAGAAGGAUUAACUUAACGACAAACGCAGGAACAUUGAACCUGAGUAUCCGUGUUUUCCCUUCUCCUUUCCAGUGAAUUAGCUCAGUGUUGUCCUUCAGCAGUCAGUACGGAGGUAUGCCGAAGACUUGGUAAAUCCCGGUGGGGGCAGAGGGAGACGGAUGGCCUCACAGGUGGGAGUGUUUGUCAUGCUGCUUGUCACUGGGCUGUUGGGACAACAAUGGUCGGCGUGUGAUUGGUGGAGGCCACGGCCGGGGGCAUGUCAAUCAUCCGGUGACAAACAUCCAUCUGGAAUGCACAUUCUGGCCAGGCACUGACCCUCAGUCAGUCCUGACUCAGUAGCAAAUAUUUUAAACAGCUCACAGAAGGAAAAAAUAUGCCUGCUGUCUUUGGAGCUUCAGGGAGCCAGGAGACAUUCCUGGUUGGAAGAUUAGCAUUGUAUGUGUGUGUGUGUGUGUGUGUGUGCGAUUGUGGUCCAGGCACAAGCUACUUGACUGCUUUGAAGAUCAAGGUCUCUGAGUUUCAUGUCUUUGUGCAUGCUCCAUUUGAAUUGAUGGCUUCUCCAUAACCACGCUGACAUGUGAGCGGUGCUAAAUGCUAACUCAGCUGUUUGCGAUAACUGUUGUCACUAAAAACAUUUUGUAUGUUUAUACAGGUAGAAACACAGAAGGAAAAAAGAAGAAGGAACACUUGUUAUGAUAGCAAAAUGUGAUUUUUUUUUAUUAGACACUUCAAUGCCAUGUUAGACACUUCACGGUUUCAGCUUUGACAUUGGUACAACAGAUUUGGACAGUUUGUCUCAAUAAAUUACUCAGAACAUGAACUGCACCUCACUCCCUCUUGUCCCUUUUACCUGCUACACUGGUACUGGUUUUCAAACCAGUGCUCUCUGAUUGGUCUUGCUGGUAAAAUCACCUGUGACAGGUGUAACCAGAGGAGCGUGUCCCCCAGCUUACCUUGAUAAGGCCACCGGUAACAGAACACAGUUCAGACAGGGGGGGACGCGCUUUAGACGGACAUUAGACAUUGUAAUUACUUUGACAGAUUUUUAGACCCAGUGUGUGCAAGGGACUGUGACAGGUCGAGGAGCAUCUGACUGCAUUAUUACCUCCAAGUUUGGUUAGAGCACAUUUCACAAGCUUUCCCACUGUUCACAGCAUGGAGCCGCACCUUUUUACAGUCACCUCACGCAUGAAAUG